AUGACCGACGCCGAGGUGGGCGCGAUGGCUCGCCAGCUCGGGCUGUGCUACGGCUACAACCGAGGCCUGCCACAGCCCUUCCGGCUGGCGCUCUGCGGGCUGCGAAACGCCGCUCCCGUCGCUGCACGUCUGGAGGCACACUGCUGGCGGUCGUGGGUGCUCGGUCGGCACGAGGAGCCGCCGUGGGGCACCUGGCCCGCCGCUUCGCUAGUCUACCUGAGCGCAGACGCCGAGGCGACCCUCGACCGCAUCGAGGCUGGCGACGUGCUCGUCAUCGGCGGCUUGGUGGACCACGCCAACGUCGCGAGCCGCGUCGGACUUGCUCGCGGAGUCGCCGAGGCGCACGCGGUCCGCACCGCGCGGCUUCCUCUCGACGGCAUCGUCAGCGUCCGCAAGACGAGCCUCACGUGCCUGGCCGUCCUGCAGAUCCUCGCCAACUUUGCGGAGAGCGGAGACUGGGCGGCGGCGGUGCGUGAGGCGCCCGCACUCCACUGCGCGCCGAUGCGCAAGUACGUCGUCUGGCACUGA